CUAAAGUAAUUUAACUGGAAGUUGGCAUGCUUUAAUUCUUGUAUUUUAGAUAGGAGUUAUUUAAUUUUUUUGUAUCUUAAUGUAAUACUUGCUGCCUAAAAAUGCCAGUGUGCAAAUUCACCCCAUCAUUCAUAGUUCCACAAUACCACAUCUAACCAGGCAGUUGCAGCCUACAGCAUACAGAUGUAACGCCUUCCUUGAUUCUAUAAAUCUUUGUGACAACAUAUACCCAACCAUCUGUCUGCAGACGAUUUACAGGCCCGUCUCAACCAGAAAAGUCAGCAUCUCACCGGAAUGAUGAUAAUCAUCUUCAUGACCUUUACAGCUUUUGCUUCAGCCGGUCUAAUAAAAGAAUCCUUUGAGUGCAUUUUUUCUAACUCUGCUGGAAAUCAGAAGUGUUAUGGAGCAGAAGGACAGCAACUUAUUUUCCAUCUAACAAAUGCAAACAAUAGUGAAAUUACAUUGUUAAAGGAUGGAGUCUACAGAAUUUUAAAGACAGACAAGAAUGGGACAGUGACUGUGAAUAAGGAAUAUUUAAAUCAGUUUGAGCAAAUCCAACCUGGAACAUUCAGACUGGGUAAAGCCAUGAAGAAACAUUCUGGUAUGUACUCUCUUGAAGAAUACGGAACCGAUGGCACAAAACAUAGAAAAGUCCAAGUCUCCCUAAAAAUACAAGGGCCAGUGUCAAAACCAGCAAUAUCUGAAAGCUGUUUUUCACCUGAACAGAAGACAGUCACAUGUUCUUCUUAUGGAGAUGAAGUGGAGUCCUUUCUGGCUUUAGAUGGUCAUUUACUCAUACAAAGCAGAGACCAUAGGAUGUCCAUCAGCGACUGGACGAAUGAAAGAUUGAAUGUCUCAAAUAUUUGGAUUAACAUAAACGGGCAGCUGACAGGUGGCCUCAUGUGCCAGGUUUGGAACAAUGUCAGCCGUGAGGAGUCAGUAUAUCACUUAACAGCGUGCAAAGGUUCUGAUACUGUUGCGGUACCUGUGUUAGCUAUUUUAAUAGCUGUCCUUUGUGUCGUUUUGGGUUACACGGUUUUUACACUUUGUAAAAAAAGAAGACCAAUGCCAUCCAAUGAAGGUAUUGCAGAGGAUGAAAUUAUUUAUGCAGAUGUUAAAAUACAAAGAACAACCAAACAAGACACCGAAAGCAAUGCAGAGUGAAUGUUUAAAACAUAUAUUUUACUUUGCACAGUGGAUGCCGUAAAAAGUAAACAUUUGGAUAUUGUCCUGUCUCUGUUUUAAGUAUUAUACAUUUUUACUUUUAAAAUGAAUAUAUUUUAACAGUAAAAAUACUUCUGCAUUUUAAAACUAA